UGCAAUCAAGACAUGCAAGAUAUAGUAAAACUGUAGGUGUGUCUAAAGCCGGAGUUCUUGUUCACGAAGCCGAAGAAUGAGCUUCACAAACACCCAAGAAACUGUAAUGAGAAACAUCAUCACCACAAAGCCAAGCUUUGCAGAGUCAAGGAUCGUUUAGUUCAUGCAGUUGAACAACGAGAUGAGAAAAUUAAACAACUUGAAAAUGAAAUUGGAGCACUGCAACAACAGAUGAAAAAGGGGAAGGCAUUCCAGGACGAGGUCACUGCCCAAAAUGAUGCACUGCUCCUAGAGAAAAGGAAACUUCUGGGGCAACUCACAGAGCAAGAAGAAUUCAUCCACAGCAACAAAUGGAUAAUAUCGUCAAUCCAGAACAGAGUAUUUUUUCUGGAUAAAGAAAACAAGCAAUUACAGGAAAAUAGUCUCCGAUUGACACAGCAGGUUGGCCUCUUAGAGCAUGUUAUAAGGAACAUCCAGAUUCACAGAGGAGAGGAAACAAUUAUUGACAUCCCUGAAUUUGAAGUAUUGAAUAAAAUCUUGCCCAUAGCCAACUCCAGUUUUUCAGGAACAGGUUUGGUAGAGUCAGUUGGAAGUCUUCAAGAGAUGGAAGAACAUAAAUCAGAAGAAGCAAUGGCAAACCCCAAGUCUUCCAAGUCUCUGUUGUGUUCACAGAAUUCCGAAGCUGGGUACAUAAACGUGGCUUCUCUGAAAGAAACAGAUCGCAUCUAAGAACAAGACCAAAAUUCAGAACUAUAAAAUCACUGGUGUCUAAAAUUAGACUCAUCAAAGCUGCCAACUUAAGGCUUGGGCAUGAAGGUGGGUCAUGAUAUGGAGGAGCAUUACCACAGAUCUCCAUUGGACAUCAACCAGGAGUUUUCAAAAUUGCUGAUAAAUUCAUUAAACCAGUUCUAAAAAUGGAUUCCUCAAGUUUGUGUGAUAUCCUCAAAUGCAUUGUAUUGUUUAAUAUAGUGACUUAGUUCAGUGGUUUACUUAGGCUUCUGUU